UGCAAUUGUCAUUUGUACAGCUCAAAAAAAUUAUUUCAUAAUCGUACGCAAUCAGUUGUUUGUAUUUUCAUUCAUUAAUGAGCUCGCAAACAGAAUUUUUUGUUUUCAGUUUAAUUUUGUACUUACAGUAAACGAGAUGGAAAACAAAGUGGAAGAAGUACCAGAGUAUUUAAACUCGGCACUCUUAACAAAAGCCAUUCAAAGUUUUAAAAACGAUGAAACAAUUGAACUUAUUAAGUUUGAAAUUAAUCCAGCAUUCAGUGAGCAUUAUGCGAGUAAAAUGUAUCGUUCGAAAAUGGAAUUUAAAAGCACUAAAUAUCCGCAAUCUGAAAAUGAAGUGCUGAAUGUUGUGAUUAAGACAAAGCCUGUCAAUGACCCAAUGUUGGAUAUGGUUUUGUCUGGCGGACCUCUUUUUGAGACUGAAAUGGAAAUGUAUGAGAAGGUCUUGCCGGGAAUGCAUCAAUUGUAUGAGCGUAAUGGAAUGAAAGUUGAAUUUGGGCCAGAAUUGAUUUACAUUACAACGGAGCCCACUUCAAUAAUUAUAUUAAAAGAUUUAACACCUGAUGGCUACACAAUAUUCCGUAACCCACCCGAAAACAUCGAGGAUUCUAAAUUGUUCAUUAAACGACUCGCACAAUUUCAUGCUGCAUCGAUUUAUCUUGCGGAAAGUAAUGAGGUUGAGGUUACACAUUUUGAGUAUUCAAUCUACAAGUCUGAAAAUAUUGUCGACCACUUCUUCCGUGACACGAUCAAAGCUUUUAGAGAGGUUGUUGAAGGAUGGGAUGGCUAUGAAGAUUAUUUGCCGAAACUUGAGCAUUUAAUUGAAAACAUUGGAGCAAGUGGAGUGAAGUCUUACACCCCAAAUUCGAAAGGUUGUGGCUUUAACGUUUUAAAUCAUGGCGAUUUUCAUCUACGUAAUAUUUUAAUUAAGCCUGAUGCUGAGCGACGAAUUGAAAAUGUUUCCUUUGUCGACUACCAAUUAAAUGUAUGGUGCAGCCCCGUUGUUGAUCUAACUUAUAUGAUGGGACUUUUUAAGAUUGCCGAUAAUUAUACUGAUCAAAAAGCAGAAAUAGUCGUAUUUUAUCAUCAAGAGCUCGUAAAUGCUUUGAAGUCCAUUGGAUAUAUGAAACCUCCACCGUCAUUAUUGGAUGUAAAUAUUGAACUAUUGAAGCAUGGCUCUAUGAACAUUGCAAUAUGGAUUAAUUUCUUCCCGUUCAUGUUUAUCGAUUGGGAGACUGUAUCUGUUGAUGAUAUGAUGGCAAAUGACAGUGAAAAAAGUAGGAAUUUCAAGAAAAAUUUGUACAAUUCACCGGUUUUGAGAUCAUUGCUAAAAUCAGAAAUGAGGCAAUGGAUGUUGAAAGGAUGGUGGUAAACUAUGCUGUAUGUGUAAAUUGAAAAUGGUAUAUAAAGGAACGAAUGUAAUUGGAUUCAAA